AUGUCGACAACCCAACCCUUCGUCACGCAUCACGGCUCUUGCCAUUGCAAGUCGGUGCAAUUCGAUUUCGAUGCGCCGAGUGACUUAGUACAGACGAAAUGCAGCUGUUCCAUUUGCACCAUGAAGCAGAACGCCCAUGCCAUCGUUCCGCAGUCCCGCUUCCGUCUGCUACAGGGUGAGGAUAUGCUGACGCAGUACACAUUCAACACGCAUCAGGCCAAGCACCUAUUCUGCAAAAUAUGCGGCGUACAGGCUUUCUACAUUCCGCGCAGUAACCCUGAUGGAUACGCGAUCACUGUGGCCUGCGUGGUUCCCGCUACCAUCACGAGCGUCACCACAAACACAUUCGAUGGACAGAACUGGGAGACGUCGUUCGAGGUCUCUAACAUGGCCAGCUACUCCAAGGAAUAG